AUGGUGAACGUUCUGAAGCGUAUGCGCGGUCUUCAGCCUCUAUUCAAAAUCCGUCAUGGCGAAGGCGCAGCUAUCCUUCCUCCUCCGCCUUCCCCUCAAUUAACUCGUCUAAGCCUACGAUAUGACCGGAAGCAAUGGAACAAAAGCACGAGACCUGCGAGAAUAUUUCAAAAAGAUCACCUACCGCGAUUGAAAUACCACAAUCCAGCCCUACCCAUCAGGGUAGAACAAGGACCCAGCCGAUUACAAUUGACUUUUGAGAGUACCGACCAGCACGCGUUGAGGGAGAUGGAGAGGACCUCUCUAGAAAGAAGCAAUGACGGCGAAUACAGAGAAACGUGGACCGAGAUAGAGGCAAAAUCCCAACCUGUCGAAGAGACAACCACAUCUACAUCGUCAUUAACUUCUCCUGCGACAUCGAUUUUCACCAGGAGUGUGGAACUGCGUUUAGGGCCACACCAGCCCGGGAGCAUCUGGACAUGGUUCCAGAACGCCACAAGAUGCGAAGAUUUCCCAGAGAACCCUGAAGAAAGUGAACAGAUGGAACGACUCAAUGAAUUUUUCGUGAAGGCAGAAGAAGACAGGCAGCGCGUCAAGGCCGGCAUGGAUGCGAUCCGGAAACAAAAAGAGGAUCUGAAAAGAGCAAGAGAAGCCGCCGAGAGAAUGGUAAAUGAGGCAUAA